AUGGAUUCGUCUCUAGAACGCCCAUCAAAGCGGGCGCGGAUCGCGUGCAAUCCGUGUAAGCAGAAGAAGCAGAAAUGCGAUGGCGAUCGUCCCGCGUGUGGCAAUUGUACCAAGACCGGUCGAGAAUGUACCGUUGAAGAUCCAUCGACGAGGAGGAAUCUACCUCCGAAUUACGUUGAAUUGCUGGAAGCUCGAAUCGCUCAACUCGAAGGUCUCUUGAGAGAGACACAUCCUCAGAUCGGGGUUGAUCAUAUGGUCGUGGAGAGCAGUCGGCCCGAAACCGCCAACACUCCUCAGAGCUCAUCCCUAGCCGAUGCAGAGCCUGUGUCUGUCAAUGGGCGGUCUUCGAGCUCACAACAGGUGCCAAAUCCAAGCGACGGCAGUAGACCAAGCGCUUUUACGCACGCCUCCGAGCCCUCAAUCGAAUCCCUGUGUAUGGCAGCUGCCGUGUCGCAACCUCAGUACUAUGGCGCCUCCUCCGGGCUCAAUUUUGUACGAAUCGUUGGCUCUAUUAUGCGAAGUGUUCGUUAUCAGGGCCCUGGCAUCAGUGUAUCCGGCAUCAGAGACAACGUCUUCAAGAACCUGCCAAAGCCCCUACCUGCUCCCCUACCGGCCAGGGUAUUCGGAGACCUCCUCAGUGAUGCCUACUUUACUCAUGUGCAUCGUCAGUAUCCCUUCCUGCACCGGCCUACUUUUGAGGAGUGGGAGAACAAUGUGCAUUUUGCAAACGACAACGGCUUGACCUCGGACCCGGUCGAGAACUUCUUCGUCUACCUUGUGUACGCAGUGGGUGCAUUGAUCGUGCCCGCUUUGUGUCCUAGCUCCGCCGAAAGCCUUUACGCUGCGGCAGAUCUCUGUUUGGACCAAGCUCUAACUGCAGAUGGAGUUCAACCCAUACAGGCUAUCCUAUGUUGUGCAAUGUACUCGAUGCGCUCCUCCAGCGGCGUAUCCGUAUGGACUCUGUCUGGCAUUGCGCUGAGACAAUGCACGGAGUUGGGCCUGAACAAGAAGCUGGUCUGGGCGGACGAAUGUCUCGAUCUGCUGCAACAAGAGAUGCGUAAGCGUGUUUUCUGGGUCUCUUACAAUCUUGACAGGAUCUCUGCUGUAUCGCUUGGCCGACCGGUGGGUAUCGCAGACGACGACAUUGAUGUUGAAUUCCCAAGCGACAUCAACGACGAGCACGUCACCGCAGAUCAGCUCCUCGCGGAGCCCCGAACCCAUCAUCGUGAUCCCUCAACAACGAUGUCUGCAGCUGUCCAUCAUUUGCGACUCAGGCGGAUAUGGGGAGAUAUCACCACGAAUUUCUACGCCUCCAAGCUUGAGCAGACCCCGCGUACACCAGACUAUCAGAUUGCCGACGAUAUACACACACAGCUUAUGAAAUGGUACGCCGAAUGCCCUCAGCCAUUCGCUCGAACACCUGAACAAGGCUUGCCUUUUGGUACUCCAGAAUGGUUCACCCUUGCCUACGAUCAUACCGUUCUACUGCUGAAUCGCCACAAACUAGUAACUCAUAUCAGACAUGGCUUUGAUUCGACCCUGGACAUGUCGACAACAUAUGCUGACUGUGCACACUCCGCGGCCCGCAUCUGCCACACUUACCAAGACGUAUACCUCAACACCAAAGUCAGCUCUACCUGGGGGGCCCUCCAUAUCCUCUUUCUCGCAGGGCUCACCUUCCUGUAUUGCCUCUGGACUGACGGCGCAUGUCGAAGGGCCUAUAGAAGGGACGCUGUCAAUAGUGCCUGUACAGCCUGCACGGUGGCUCUGGUCAUUAUCACAGAACGGUGGAGCCCCGCCCAACCCUACCGGGACACGUUCCAGGCGCUUGUCAAUGCAACCCAAUCGAUGUUGGCGGAACAGGAGGAGCGCGGCCACCCAGACCCUAAUCUACCGGUGCUGAAGCAAGCACACCUCGGCAUCCCAGAGCAUCUUUCAAGCAUCAACGCUAUCGGAAUGGACCCUUCUACUGAACUCUUACUUAGAGAAAUGGUUCAGAGAUGA